ACAAACAGGCCUUUUUGUUGAGAAGACCCAAAGAAAGACCAGCCAAACAAUCCACAAUGAGAUAUCUUGAUGACCGACAGCUUUACCCUGUAUGAACGCUAUGUGGCUUCUGUGAGAAGGUACAACAACUUCGAGAGGGCUUUCCAAGAUCAUACUCUCCUUCUAGAGUAUAUUCAGCGCGAAGAGAAGAACCCAGAACCUGCUUCACUAUCGACUGUGGCCAAUUGGGUUAAAGAAGCGGGUAUAGACACAACACAGCUCAAAGCCCAUUCAACAAGAUCUGUUGCAAGUACCAAGACUUAUAUGAUGGGAAUUGGUGUUCAAAAACUAAAACAACUCACCAAUCGGGAUCUUCGCACGGACGUAAUUGAAUGA